CAGGCAUCCGGAGAAACAUGGAGGACACCGCUGGCAGUAAUCCCCAAUCUCUCGGAUUUACAGAGAAAUUAAAGUCUUGGCUCUCUUGGUCAUGGACCUAUGUGUGCUUCAUUUGGUUUGGCAUGGUGCUGAUCAUGAUAUACGUCCUGUGGAGCCCGCUGAAACUGCAGGAAACUCUUACCUCAGCCUCAGUGUUUUUGAAUACACUGACCCCCAAAUUCUAUGUGGCUCUCACUGGAACCUCCUCUCUCAUCUCUGGACUCAUCCUUAUAUUUGAGUGGUGGUAUUUUCGUAAAUAUGGGACCUCAUUCAUUGAACAAGUGUCAGUGAGCCACCUGCGUCCUCUUCUGGGUGGAGUGGAGAGCAGCUCCACGACUGGUCUAUUCGCAUCAGUUAAUGGAGAGGCAGAGCCUAGGCCCAGUGUUUCAGAGUGUAAGGUCUGGAGGAAUCCUUUGAAUCUGUUCAGAGGAGCAGAAUACAACAGGUACACCUGGGUAACAGGGAAGGAACCCUUAACAUACUAUGAUAUGAACCUGUCUGCUCAAGACCAUCAGACUUUCUUCACAGGAGACACUCCGCAGUUAAGACCAGAAGAUGCUGUGAUGCAGAAAGCCUGGAGAGAGAGAAAUCCUCAAGCCAGGAUCAGAGCAGCUUACCAGGCCAUAGAAAUGAACCAUGAAUGUGCUGCAGCGUAUGUGCUCUUAGCAGAGGAAGAAGCCACAACCAUCACAGAAGCUGAACGCCUAUUCAAAAAAGCACUAAGUAUCGCUGGAAAAGAUAUCAACUUACUGGUGUACAUUAAACGCAGACUGGCAAUGUGUGCACGCAAGCUGGGACGGAUUAAAGAAGCAGUGAAAAUGAUGAGAGAUUUAAUGAAGGAGUUUCCACUUUUGGGAAUGUUAAAUAUACAUGAAAACCUCUUGGAAGCACUUCUAGAGCUUCAGGCGUAUGCUGAUGUCCAAGCAGUCCUUGCCAAAUAUGAUGACAUCAGCUUGCCGAAAUCCGCCACUAUAUGCUACACAUCUGCACUGUUAAAAGCACGUGCUGUAUCAGAUAAGUUCUCUCCAGAGGCCGCGUCACGGAGAGGGCUAAGCACAGCAGAGAUGAAUGCUGUGGAGGCCAUACACAGAGCUGUUGAGUUCAAUCCACAUGUGCCAAAGUACUUAUUAGAGAUGAAGAGCCUGAUCCUCCCUCCAGAGCACAUCUUGAAGAGGGGUGACAGCGAGGCAGUGGCAUACGCUUUCUUCCACCUGCAGCACUGGAAGAGGGCAGAGGGAGCCUUAAACCUACUACACUGUACCUGGGAGGGCACCUUUAGGAUAAUUCCCUACCCACUGGAGAAGGGUCACCUGUUUUACCCCUACCCAGGAUGCACAGAAACAGCAGAUAGGGAACUGCUGCCCUCUUUCCACGAGGUGUCUGUGUACCCAAAGAAAGAGCUUCCCUUCUUCAUCCUCUUCACAGCAGGCCUUUGCUCCUUCACUGCCAUGCUGGCCAUGCUCACACAUCAGUUCCCUGAGCUCAUGGGUGUUUUUGCCAAAGCAUUCUUCAGCACACUCUUUGCACCCCUGGGUUUCUUCGCAGACAAGAUGGAAAGCUUCAUGCCGUCCAGUUUUUGGCACCAGCUGACUCGAAUCUGACCCCAUCUCUCACACACAGACACACACAUACACUCACACACGCACACACAGACACACAUAUACACACACCGAUACCACUCCAAACCCUCAGACAAAAAGUGUUUGCUCUCCUGUCUUCAGCAUUACUGUCCACUUGCUGCAUUGUCACUGAUUAUGUUGGCUGAGGUUGUAUCAACAUGGCAAUAUCACUCCAAAGAUGCUCUCCCACACUGUUCCAGCAGCCACAGUUUUUCCAAGAGCACAUUUAGUGAAUACCAUUUGCAACAAUUGCACAGGGUCGUUCAUUAGCCAUGAUGUUAGCCCUGGGCAAAUUCAAGUUUUUGUGUAUCCCACAAAGCCUGGCUGCAUAUAUUUGGUGCAAAACUCUAAUUAGGAAUUCAAUAGAGGCACUCCUCUGCUCCAUCACAAUAAUAAAUUAAAUUAAAUCAUGAAAAAAAAGCAUGUUUUUAAUACUUCUCUAACUACUGUCAGAUUAGUUAGUUUUAACCAGUGUGUAACUGACAACAGAAAACACAAACAACAAUAUGUACAUUAAGGACGUUUCUUGUAGAAUAUGUUCACUGAUAUGAUCCUUUACCCCUCUUUUCCCUGUUAAAUUAUUUAUGUGUAUCACAAAAGAUCCCAUUGGGUAUUUGGGAUGGGAACCUAUGUGUCCUAUGUCAACCUCUUAGUGCCCCGCAGACAUCCAGUGGGGCAGAUUUAAACGUCUGUAAGAAAAGAAGAAAAAAAAAAAAGCUGUGAUUUACAGCUUCAAAGUGCCUGCAGUGUAUACAACGCCUCUGCAGUUUAACAGUUGUUACUAUGGCAUGACACCCCAGCACUACAUCACUGGGGCAACCGCCGCCGCUGGUCACAGUUAGGCCUGUCAUGGCAUCACUCAUUUCUGCUGAUUGCACUACAGUGUGUUAUAAGUCAAACACCAAACAAAAAUGAAAGAGGCAGAUAUUGCCAUAGUCAUACAGAGAAUCAACCGGCACAGGCAACCUAACUAUAGGUGACAAAAUGAACAGACGCGCACAGACAUAUUGUACAAAGCAAGCUAUUAUUUUACUUUAUAUGUACAAAAUCACUUGCUUUGCCUUUGACUGUGUCUGUUCAUUGUGUUGAUUCUGCUGUAAUUGGUGUAAUUCUGACAUCAUUUUUUUUCCCUCAUCUCUGUUUUAUCAAACUAAAGAUGCCAGCAUCACCUUGUUGUAUAAGUAUAAUGUAAAAACGAACCGGUAAUGUAAUAACCUGUCAGAAACAAAUGUGCCUGGUUCUAAAUUGUAAAAAAGCCUGUACAUGUAAUAUAUAAUCCUAUUAUUGAUGUAACAUUUUUAUUACAUUAACAGGUUUAUUUCAUUUGAAACCACUUAAGGCGGACUUGUUUACUUUAUUUUUUCAAGUUAUGUUACUUGAUAGUUAUUACAUUAUUGGCGACUACAACAACAUUUAUUGUACACCAGGAUCUACUGUAAGUGACAUUAUAACUCUUCACUCUACUUGUAAUAAAAAAAUUGUGAUAAUAAAGUGCCUUUUAGUACAACACAAUAGUUAAACACAUACAUUUGGAAUUUACUGCACCUACAGUAUUAAUGUCAAGUUUAGUGGCAACUCUGUUCAAUUUUGAUGGAUUCAAUUUGAUACAUAGAUACCUUCAGAAAAUGUAAUUUAUAACAGAACUGUUGAUUGUUCAAUGAUUAGUAUUAUUAAACACAGCAGCCAAGUAACAAUGGCAAAUAUACUUGUGAUGUAAUGGCACAGUGCGUUACUACAGGAUAUUGCUAAUUUUUAUUAUAUUUUUAAAGAUUAUUUUUUGGGCUUUUCUGCCUUUAUUUUUGACAGGACAGCUAGGUGA